GGAAGCAGAGAGGCUGCCUUCACCUAUGCCAUCAGCGCAGCAGGAGUGGUGAAUGCCAUCAGCCGUGCCUGCCGAGAGGGAGAGCUGGCCACUUGCGGCUGCAGCCGGACCGCACGUCCCAAAGACUUGCCCCGAGACUGGCUGUGGGGUGGCUGCGGGGACAAUGUGGAUUAUGGCUACCGGUUUGCCAAGGAGUUUGUGGAUGCUCGCGAGAGAGAGAAAAAUUACCCGAGAGGGUCUGAAGAGCAAGCGCGGGCUUUAAUGAACCUGCAAAACAACGAGGCAGGACGCAGGGCUGUGUAUAAAUUGGCUGAUGUGGCCUGCAAGUGUCAUGGUGUUUCGGGUUCCUGUAGCCUGAAGACCUGUUGGCUUCAGCUGGCUGACUUCCGCAAGGUGGGCGAGUACCUGAAGGAGAAAUAUGACAGCGCAGCAGCCAUGAGACUUAAUAAACGUAGCAAACUGGAACAGGUCAAUCAGCGCUUUAACGCUCCCACUGCGGAUGAUCUUGUGUAUCUAGACCCAAGCCCG